GAUGGACAUCAUCAGUAGCCACUUACAAUGCUCACUAAGAUGCUCCAUUAAGUUACCAAGUCCAACCUAGUCAACUCGACUUGGUUAAAUAGUUUGUGACUCGUGAAAAGGACUAUAAUUAGUCGUGAUCAAAGCUCAAUCGAGUCUCUGAGCUAUAGGCAGUAUUUAGUUUGUCGAGCCUACUCAAAAGCACAUCACUACAACAUUAUUUAGUAUGAGCGAUUCACGACAUUUCAGACGUCGGUGAGUUUGUAGUUUCCUAUAGGUAUGAGAGUAUGAUAGCACAUCUUCCUUUCAUGGAAUCACUAUGAUCUUUUGAUUUUAAAGUCGUUAGAUCUUAAAUUUAUCUCAACUCACGGAGUAAUACAUAAUCCAGUCUUAAGUUUAUGUCUUUUAAACUGUUGUUUAACUAAAUCUGUGUGUUUUGAUGCUUCACAAUAGCACGCAUCUGAUUGGUUUCCGGAGAUUGAUACAGAUAUGGACUCUUUAUUUUUCUUUUAUUUUAUUUAUGCUGAUUUUGCAACCGUUGAUUGAACUAAUAUUGUAUUAAGAACAUCAUCCUAUAAAUUACAAAACAGCAGGUUGAUCGACUUGGAUAUUGUAUGAUAGAUUGAACGAUAGUGGAAAGGGAAAGGAUAAAAGUUAACGCAUUUGUAAUCUAUGUUAGUCUCCUCCUUUGUACUUCCUAAACAAACUACAAAUAUGAAACCUUCAUCCAACUUUUGCUAGAAUUUCUUCAAGUCCACAUUGCCCUUGUUAGAUCAUUUGCUUUGUAUUUCAUUAACUUAGUGCCUUCUCUGAUUAUGCUUUGUAAGUUAAUGAACGACUUCUUGGGAUUUCUCAACUCUCCAGAAUAAUUUCAACUUUGAGAAGAGGGAUUGGAUGACUGUUGGUUUAAGAGACUUGCCAGAAGGAUCCAAUUUGAUCAUGGGGCUGAAUCCCCCUUUUGCCUCGGCAAAUGAAUUUAUAAGCAAGGCUCUUACAUUCAGACCAAAGCUUCUUAUUAUUACUGUUCCGAAAGAAACAAAAAGACUUGAUGAAAGAAGAAAGAAUCCAUAUGAUAUAAUUUGGGAAGAUGACAUUAUCUUGGCUGGCAAGUCCUUUUACCUGCCAGGAUCAAUUAAUGUGCAUAACCAGCAGAUGGAGCAAUGGAACAUCAACUCCCCUCCAUUGUAUCUGUGGAGUCGCCCAGAUUGGACUGCUAAGCACAAAGUAAUAGCUAUUGAGCAUGGGCAUAUCAGGAAAGAUAGCCAAAAGAGGGAAGCAGAAGAAAACAAAGUAAACACAGGAAUCACAAAUUACCUGAUGCAAGAAACGCAUGAUUGCUAUGGUGACUUUUCCGACAUUGUGACCAGCUGUGGUGACAUCAAUAGCUUGCUGGAUGAUAUCCCUGAGAUAUCUAUUGGUGCUGAAUAUAAUCAAAAUCAACCUUUUGGCAUUCCUGAGCAGGAAUAUGGCUUGAGCAAUAGACAAGAAGUGCUUGGCUACGAAAGUAAGGAUGCAAGUGAAACAUUGCGAGCUAAGGAAAUGUGCAUUGACAUGGAGCUGUCAACUCCAACGGGAUCCCCACUUCACUGAAAGAUGAAGUGUCUCUUCUCAUGCCAUUUUGCUAAUAUACUUGAGCAUGAUAGAAGUUGGCUUUUUAUGUAUUUUCUUUUUGGUACUGUCACUCGAAAUGGAAGGACAUGACAGUCUAAUUUGCACAGUAAGGAUGUGAUCUUGGACACAAUUCCUAUA